UCAGGUGUCUGAUAUUGGAAAUGGUAUCUUGCCUAGUUGAAGGAGCAAAGGAUGAUCUGCUUGAGAAAAUUUAUAAUUUAACCAUACAUUCAUUUCAGGAAAGUGAUGAGAGUGUUCAUCUCGAAGCAUACAACACAUUGAGAAAAAUUUUGGAGGAGAAUCCAUGCUUCUCUUCUUCUCGAUACGUUGAGCUAAUUGAUUUAUUACAUGGAUUAAAACCUCCAACUGCAAUUACAUCUCUUAGAAGUCGAUAUUCUUGUUUUCGCCUGCUGAUGGUACAUGCAAUGAAGGCUAAUUUAGAAGAAGAGGAGAACUCAAAGGUUUUUCUUAUUCUCAAUGAAAUUAUUCUCAAAUUAAAGGAUGGCAAGGAUGAAACUAGGAAAGAAGCAUAUGAUUUGCUCUUAAAUUUAAGUUCUACCCUGAGAGACUCAUUAUGUGUUGGUUCUAUUGAACCAUAUCACAAACUAGUUAGCAUGAUAAUGGGAUACCUUUCUGGAUCAUCUCCUCAUAUAAAAAGUGGAGCAGUGUCUGCGCUGUCUGUAUUGGUAUACCAGGAUACAAGUCUUUUAAUAUCUGUUUCAGGCCUUGUCCCCUCUCUUUUAUCUCUGCUGCAAACCAAAGAUGUGGAAAUCAUAAAAGCUGUCUUGGGCUUUGUUAAAGUGAUGGUAUCUAGCUUACAAGCAAGGGAGCUGCAGAAUAUUCUGUCAGAUGUUAUUGCUGAAAUCCUCCCCUGGUCGUCUGUCUCAAGACAUCAUUUUAGAUCAAAGGUCACUGUUAUAUUUGAAAUAUUAUUACGGAAGUGUGGUUCUGCUGCUGUCAAACUGGUUACCCCAGAGAAAUACAAGUUUUUUCUCAAGACUGUUCUAGAGAAUCGGCAUGGCAAAUCAAGUGAAGCAGUCACUAAAGAUUCAGAAAAUAUCCCUCAAGAUUCUUUUACCAAGAGGCCAGAGUGGAGGAAGCCUGGAAGAGCAGCUACCCCAGAUAAAGAUUCAAUAAAGAGCAACAAAAGAAAGAGAGACAACAAAUUUGAGACAGUCAAGCCUGGCCAAAAGGAACCAUUUAAAUCUACCAGUAAUGAUGGAUUAAGUUUACCCAAGAGAAGUAGGCCAGAAGAAAGUAGAAAAGGCAAGAAAAGUGGGAACAAAAGUUUCAUUGGUGGUGGUGGGAAGAGAAACGUGAAGAUGUCCAGCACUCAAAAUUUUAAAGCACCUUCGAAGUCACACAAGCUAAAAAGGAAAUUCCAAAGAAAUUAAUAGAUGAGUCGAAUACUGAAGCUGGUGAAACACUUCUUAGAUGUCAUACUCCCUGAUUGUGUAGGGUUGACAGUGCCAUUUUAUAUAUGUAACUGCAUAUAUAGCUUGGGAGAUGAAAAGUGAAGGAUACAGGAUUUCUUCUUUCCUGUUGAACAACCACUAUAGAGAGGAAGUUGUCACUUUAUUGGGAUGACAUGCUGGAAUCUACUGAUUGAGAAAAUGAAGUUCUGCUUACUGCAUGCAUUUUUGUUGCUGGAGUAGUUAUGUUUUUGGUGAGCGAAGCUGCAGUAAUGGAUGUAUUGUCGUGGUUGAUUAUGUAAAUGGCUACGUGUUGCUGCCAUCUUUUGCCCUCGGCAGGAUUUUUCCCAAGGUGCUAGUUCUCACUAGAUAUUGUAUGUCUUAACGAAGGAUACAUUGACCUAUUUUCCAUAUAUUUGCAAAGUUGUCAAACAUAA